AUGUGUGCUUAUAGACAAACUCAUCGUUCUAAUCACACACGUAUUCAUUCUUCAUUCAAUUAUCGCAAUCAUCAACAACAACAACGCUAUAAUCAGCGUAAUCAACAAAUUCAUCAACAACGAGGCUAUCAUCCACGCCCUGAUUAUCAGCCCUCUAGACGACAUAAUCACAAUUUUCAUACUAAUCCACGCGAAAAUUAUCAGUCCUCUGCUGAACCUGAAUACUCUGCAGGUAUACCAUCAAUUAGUCCGUACUCACACAUUGAUGAUGUAUUUGGGACUCUACCAAUUGAGUUCAAUCGGAUUAGUGGAGAAACGUUUCAUUAUCUCCACUGCUUGACUCUUCGUUUGGCUCUUCGUUUUAUUGAUCAUUUAUUCAUUGAGUUUCGUGCUCUGUAUGAUGAUGAUGAUGAUGAUGGUGAUGUGUUGAAGUAUUUGAAAACAAGAACUCAUCAUGUUGUUGCUAAAGAUGAAAUCGAUACCGAAGUAGCUGAGGUAGAAUCAAAUAUUUGUUCUAUAUGCCUAUCUGUAUACGAAAACGAAGAGAAUAUUGGAGCGUUGCAAUGUGGACACGAGUAUCAUACAGACUGCAUCAAACCAUGGCUGUUGAAGAAGAAUGAUUGUCCGCUGUGUAGAGGUUCAGUUUUGUAA